GUGACGUAGAGGGAAGCGGCUUUCCGCGGAGAAAUUAGGGGCGCGGGUUUGGAAACUAGGAUGUGAGGUCGGGGAGGACGGAGCUGGUGAUUCCUUGCUUUCCAGCUGUGUACAGUUAACCAGGGACUCGAACGCUAAGGCUUUUCUUAGGUUCUUUCUGCAACGUGUGACUGCCUCCCAGUUCAGUGAUUCCCCUGAGCAUCCUCAGGGGACCAGAGCCUGGUGUCGAGGCGCGGAAGCCCCUUCUCGUCCCGCAAACUCCAAAACCAUGGAUGGUUCCGCGCGUGUCCGUGCUUAGCUGGGCGUGAGCGGCGCCCCUCCCUGGACGCCUGGUGAUCGCGAGCCUGUGGGUGACUUCUCAUUGGGAAGACAGUGCUGUCUGUAAUUUGGAAAGAAAACCUGCAUUCCCAGCAUCUCCCUCGAAGGAGAACUAAACAAGGAAACAAUGCCUGUUUUUCCUAAAAUAUCUUUAAGACCUGAGGUUGAAAACUAUCUUAAAGAGGGCUUUGUGAAUAACGAGGUGGUAUCUGCUUCAGGCAAAGCAGCCGCAGAAAGGAAGUUUGAAGCGCUGUUAAAUCACCUGUCACACCCUCCGUCAUUCACAACCGUUAGAGUGAAUACGCAUUUAGCUUCAGUUCAGCAUGUGAAAGAACUGUUGCUUGAUGAACUUCAGCAGGUUUGGCAGUUUAAUGGAUUAAGUGUUCCUGUUCUUCAGCAUCCAGACCUUCAGGAUGUCUUACUUAUUCCUGUGAUUGGACCUAGAAAGAACAUAAAAAGGCAGCAGUGUGAAGCCGUCGUGGGAGCCCAGUGUGGCAGCGCGGUGUUAAGAGGAGCCCACGUCUACACCCCAGGGAUUGUGUCCGCGUCCAGCUUUAUGAAAGCUGGAGAUGUUAUUUCUGUAUACUCUGACAUCAAAGGGAAAUGUAAGAAAGGAGCCAGAGAGUUUGAUGGCACAAAAAUAUUUCUUGGAAAUGGAAUUUCUACACUAAGCCGCAAGGAAAUCUUCAGUGGACUCCCCAGACUGAGAGGUAUAGGCAUAAGAAUGACAGAACCGAUAUAUCUGAGCCCCUCGUUUGACAAUGUACUGCCCAGUUACUUAUUUUUACAGAAUUUACCAUCUGCUGUAGUAACUCAUGUUCUGAAUCCUCAACCGGGAGAGAAGAUUCUGGAUUUGUGUGCAGCUCCUGGAGGUAAAACAACACAUAUUGCAGCACUAAUGCAUGAUCAGGGAGAAGUAAUAGCACUGGAUAAAAUAGCCAACAAAGUAGAAAAAAUAAAGCAGAAUGCUUUAUUGUUAGGAUUGAAUUCUAUCAAAGCAUUUUGCUUUGAUGGAACAAAGGCACUUAAACUAGAUGAGAUUGAGGACACAGAAGGGACACCUCCAUUCUCACCAGAGUCUUUUGACCGAAUUCUCCUUGAUGCACCCUGCAGCGGAAUGGGACAGAGACCAAACAUGGCUUGUACUUGGACUCUGAAGGAAGUGACGUCAUACCAGCCACUGCAGCGAAAACUCUUUCCUGUGGCAGUCCAGCUGCUGAAGCCAGGAGGCACGCUGGUUUAUAGCACAUGCACUGUCACCCUGGAAGAAAAUGAAGAGCAGGUGGCCUGGGCCCUCAGCACAUUUCCUUGCCUUCAGCUUCAACCCCAGGAACCACAGAUUGGAGGCGAAGGGAUGAUGGGAGCUGGUUUAUCAGGUGAACAGCUGAGGCAGCUGCAGCGAUUCGAUCCGUCCACCACCCCAUUACGGGACACUGACCUCGAGACUCUCAGAGAUGCCAGAGCAGAAGAUAUGAUCCGGCUGGCAAAUAAGGAUUGUAUAGGGUUUUUUAUUGCAAAAUUUCUAAAAUGGAAAAGCACAUCAGAGAAGGAUCCUCAGAAAUGAAAGUUCCACAGCUUUGCAUCUGUUUUGUGCCCCCCUCCCCCAAACAAAGUACUGUCAGGCCUGCUGAGUGCUGGCGUGGUUGCUAAGGAAACAGAAGGCUGCCAGCAGUUUCACCAGGGAUCAGAGACAUAGAGGAAGUGUAUCUGAGAGGGGGUGGGGGGCUUAUGAAAUUAUACUCUGGAUUUUUCUUCCAGGAUUCAGUAGAGUAUAAAGAAAAAGAGCUACUUAUGGAUGCCUGUAACAUUUUCAUUUAGGGUCUUGUUUUAAUUUAUAAAGAAUAUUUUAAUAUUAAAAAUUAGUAUUUAAUAUGGUUACAAAAAAUUAUUUUCUGUUCCCAAGUUUCUAAGUAGUUAUUUCCUUAAGAACUCAGGGCCUGGGAAGUAUAAUAUUUACCAUGGGGCAAUAGCUGAGGUAAGUAUUGUACUUGACUCUGUUUAUAUGUUAACCCUCUUUUACAUGAAGUCUGGACUUCUUCUAAAUGAAAGUCUUGAAACCAGAAAAAAAAAAUUGGAAAUUUCCUUUAAUUGUACAUAAAAACGUGAACAUCUUCCACUUUUGGGUACUUUUUAGCCUAUGUUGGAGUGCUAUUCAGGUUACCAACAAGAAAUGCUUGGGGAGAAUGAGAAAACCAGCUUCCGACAGCUCGGGGCUCUCCUGGCACUCGCUGGGCUUUGUGGUGAAGAGUUUCACAGAGCACCAACCUCAGCCAUGACGUCUAUGUCUGUGAUAGAUCAAAACCCCACUUCGAAUCAAAUCUAAACUCAGACAAAACAAGAACAUCACCCAGUUGCCAGAGUGACCAGACGUCCCUCUAUGGUAGCCAGUGUGUCUGCUUUAAGAAAAAUUAACUGUAGCCUUAGGCGUGUUCUUUCAUUCUACCUGCUUUUUAGGUGAGAUCUGUUAAAAUAUCCAGUACAGCUGUAGAUUAAAGGCUGUAAACACAU